AUGGCCAAGACUCUGUUUGGCGCCCUCGCGCUGGCGUCGCAGGCACUCGCCUUCAGCAACACCUCGCCUUUCUUCCUGUUCUCCACCGCCGACCUGCUGCUGGAGUCGUCGGGCGCAUCCAUCGCCCAGGCGGACAGCAUCGCCGCCGAUGUGCUAGCCGCGCUGAAGGACUGUCCAACCAAAAAUUACGUCGUCGUCGACCAGGACGGUGUCUCCGCCGCUGACUACGCCGAUGGCCGCUCCACGCCUCGCCUGGCGCAGUACAUGGCCGCUCAGCACGACGCCGUCAAGUCGACUGUCUCCGUCCCCGACGUCGUCGGCAGGAUCAGCGUCGCCGGCAUCACAGCGCACCUGGAGGCCAAAUGCGGGCCUGUCAAGAGCGUGAAGCUUGACACGCCCCCGUCGUCCAAGGCGCUCAGGUUGCUGUACAUGGCCCAGCAAGACCAAUUCCUUGAAGACAGUCUUGCCAAGUACGCCGACGCCCGAGACUACACCGUCGUCUACAUCACCACCCCGCCCACAGAAGCGCAGGCAAAAGCCCGGCUCCAGGCCGACCAGCAGUACCAGUACGAAAUGGACAGCUCUUUUGCCGACAACAUCCAGAUGGAGCUCAAGCGUGACACCGCCGCACACUACAAGCGUGCCAACUCGACUCGUGACGACCGCGGCUUGUUCGAGAGGUACCAGUACUUCACACCGGGCCUGUUCAUGGGUUUUGCCGCCGUCAUCCCACUCUUCCUGAUUCUGCUCGUGGGCAUCCGGGCUCUGAUCAGCCUGGAGGUAUCAUACUUUGCCUUUAGCAAGGAGAUGGGGCCCAACGCCCAGAAGAAGCAGUAG